CAGAGAGAGAGAGAGAGAGAGAGAAACAAGGGCGAGACAUUCAACUCGCCUGAAAGUAAAGAAGCGGACAGGAAGACGAGGAGGAGGAAUCGCCUGCGACGCUCUUUGUUCUCCGACCGUACGACGUUCCGGAUCUUUGCGCAACAAUGACAACAUCAAGGAGACUUGCAGACAGGAAGGUGGAGAGGUUUGAGAAGAACAUAACUAAAAGAGGAGCUGUGGCUGAGACUUCCACCAAGAAGGGAAAGGACUACCCUGUUGGCCCUCUUAUCCUUGGUUUCUUCAUAUUUGUCGUCAUUGGAUCUUCUCUGUUUCAAAUAAUCAGGACAGCUACAAGCGGAGGCAUGGCGUAAUUGUAAUCUGUUUUCUAGAGUGAUGUUUGGUCGUCGUUUGCCUUUUCUUUUUAAAAAAAAAAAAAUCUAGACGGUAGGAAAUCAAUAUACAUUAUUAUUGAGACCAGUGGGUAGCUAAUGUUAUGAAGAACUCGAAUGUUUUAAAUAAACAGACCCCGCUUACUUCUCUUAAUUCUGCAUCUUUUUUGUCGUUUAAGACUUGGUAGAUUGAUUCAUUACAACGAUAUCAAUCUCGUUAUGGUAUUAGAAGUAAGCUCCAGAAAUCAAUAUACAUUAUUAUGAGACCAGUGGGUUGCUAAUGUUGUGAAGAACCCGAAUGUUUUAAAUAAACAGACCCCUCUUCCUUCUCUUAA